AUGGCUAUUGAGCGGGUAGCGAUCAUCGGGGCCGGGCCUUGCGGUCUCGGUGCAGCGAAGUAUCUCAUUGCUGAGCAAAAAUUCAAAAUCACCAUUUUCGAGCAGCGCGAUCUGCCAGGUGGUGUGUGGAAUUACACUGGUCAUCAAGGGACUACAAAUACUUCCUUACCAGUUCCCCAUCCAUCUCCCAACUCUACGGCUCAGGAGCCUGUAAAUGGGACUUUCAUUUCACCUGUGUACGAUUCUUUAGAAACCAAUAUCCCGAACUCGAUGAUGCAGUUUUGGGAUUCUCCUUUUCCCGUUGGGACCUCGCUGUUUCCUCCGCAUGAUGUCGUGAAGGACUACCUUCAUCGAUAUGCGGAGGAUUUAAAGGAUAUUAUUAAAUUGCAAUCGCUGGUUCUAGAUGUUUCGGUAUCGAAGAAGCCUCGUACAGAGUGGACGGUUACAUGGAGUGAUCUUCGAAAUGAGAAGGUACUCAAUGCACAAUUUGAUGCAGUGAUCGUUGCGAAUGGACAUCAUAACGAUCCUAAAAUUCCUGCGAUACCGGGUAUAGAAGAAUGGAAUCGUGUGUUUCCUGGUUCAAUAUCUCAUUCAUCGUCAUAUCGACAUGCAGAGCCAUUUACAAAUAAGAAAAUCAUCGUGGUAGGCCACUCCGCCUCAGGAAUUGAUAUCGCCGCCCAGAUCGGCCAAGUAUCCAAGUACCCGCUCUUGAUAUCAGAGCGAACAGAGACAGUCCUCCCACCUCAGAAAGCCGCCAUCGCGAAAAGUCUCCCUGAAAUCAGCCUCUUUGAUCCAGAGAACUCCCGCAUACAGUUUUCUAACGGUCAUGAAGAGCACAACGUCGAUCAUAUCUUCUUUUGUACAGGAUACCACUUCUCCGUCCCAUUCUUGUCGAAUCUAGAUCCAAAAAUCGUAACCGAUGGGUUGCGACCGCAUCAUCUAUAUCAGCAUGUUUUGUAUACCCAUGAGCCAACGCUAGCUCUAGUGGGAUUUCCGCAGCGCAUUGUUCCUUUCCCGAUUAGUCAAGCCCAAGGCGCAUGGAUUGCACGGCUCUGGUCGGGACGGUUAGGAAUCCCUUCGCGUGUGGAUAUGGAGCGAUGGAUUGAAGAAUGGAAAUUGAAGAGAGGCGAGGGUCAUAUUUUCAAUGUCCUUGGUUUCCCGUUGGACGCUGAUUAUAUUAAUUCUCUGUAUGAGGAAAGCUUGCGAGCGGUACACCAAGAUGGGUUGGAGAAUGAAGGACGUGGCAAAGAGCCACCAUUUUGGGGAGUGAAAGCGAAGUGGACGCGUGAGAAGAUUCCGUUGAUUAAGAAGGCAUCGCAGGCAUUGGGAAGUCGGCGGAGGGAGAUCACGACCCUUGAGGAACUGGGGUUCAAUUAUGACGAGUCUCUUGAGGUGGAGGGACAGAAGGCGCAUCUGUAA